AUGGAUCCAAUUUUAGAAAAUGAAUCCGCGACGACCGAAUCCCCGAACAAACAUGGCAAACCUAAGCACAAGAACAAAAAGAAAAAGCUUCAAUCUGAUGCGCAAAAUCAAACUGUUGUUGGUGAGCGAAAGAAAUUUGUUGUUACCACAUUAGCCACAACAGACGAUAAAGUUCCUUCUAGUGUAGCAGAUAAUAAUGUACAUACAGUCCAUUUUGGUACUAGGGGGGUGGAGUCACAAAGACCUCACGUAAGGUCAAUAUUUAAGGAUAAAACUGCAGACACGUCUAGACCAUCGAGUGCAGAAAGAGAAUCUGGUAGUGGUAGUAAGGAAUAUGAAACUUUUCAUGGGACUUCUUCUAGUCCACGGAGCUCUAUUUUUGAUAUUUUCCGUUUAAGAAGAAAAAGUGAUGCAAAGAAAUAUCCUCCUAAACAAGUAAAAACUGCUGAAUCCCAUGAGAGCACACCAGAUGAGCAUAACGCUGAGACGAAAGAUUCGCAUAGGAAGUACUACCAUACGGUAACGGGUGCUUCUUCUAGAAAAUAUAGUCCUAUUACUAGAGUAAUGGAUAUUUUUCGCAGCAAACCCCAUUCAGAAAGUAAUCAGUCUUCGUCAGAUAAUGUAAAAAAUAAGAAUACAAAAAAAAUUAGGAGAUCGUCUAUUGAAACCACUUCACCUACUUAUCAUAAAAACUCAUAUGCUUCUUUAGAUCCUACGCAAGCGAAGCAAGUAUUUAGGGAAGUUCGAGGGCUUCCGAAAUAUGAUCCUUAUUUAUCGAUUGUACAAAUAUCAAUAGGGGGAAGAGAUAAAACGAGACUUCUAUUAAAUUUCUUUAAAUAUCAUAAAUGUUAUGAAAUAUUACCAAAGUCUGCAAAAGUUAUAAUAUUUGAUACGCAAUUUUUUGUAAGAAAAACGUUCCCCACUCUUAUUUCUCACGGUAUUCGCUCAGCACCACUUUGGGAUUCAAGUAAAAAGCUUCUAGUCGGAAUGAUAACAGUAACUGAUUUCAUAAGAAUUCUUCUACAUCUCGAUAAAGAGAAUAUAUCAGUAGAAGAGUUGGAACGUCAUACACUUCAUACUUGGAGAAAGAUGUUAAGACAGACACGUAAACCUUUGUGUAGCGCUGGUCCCGAUCAAUCUCUUCACGACGCCAUCAAUUUACUUACAAAAAAUCGUGUCCAUCGUCUCUUGAUGAUUGAUCCUCUAAAUGGUGACGUAUUGUACAUCCUCUCACAUAAGAGAAUUUUGAGGUUUUUAUUUGUGUAUCUCAAUGAGUUCCCUGAAUUAACAUUCUUUCAUAAAACAUUAACUGAAUUAAAAAUCGGAACUUACGAAGAUAUCGUGUCUGUCACAGAUGAUACACCUAUUAGAUCAGCAUUUCAGUUGUUGCUAGAAAAAGAUGUUUCGGCUUUGCCAAUAUUAGACGAAAACGGGAUUCUUGUCGAUGUUUACGCAAAAUAUGAAGUAUUGAACCUAGUAAGUGAAAAAUUAUAUUCAAACUUGUCGUUGACCAUAGGUGAAGUAAGAAAUAAAAAGAAAGACUGGGAAGAAAAGUUACAAAAAUGUCGUUCAAGUAUUACUUUAUAUGAGGCCUUAGAAGUUAUAGUUAGAACUGAGAGUCAUCGAUUAUUGUUAGUUAAUAAAGAAGAUAAACUGGUAGGAAUUGUUUCACUCUCAGAUAUAUUAGUAUAUUUAAAUAGAAUAAUUCCCUCGGAAAAGAAAGUUUCUUCACUUCAAGAGAUAUUUAGGCCGCUGGAAGAAAAUAAAGUAGCCGAGUCACCCAAAGAAACGGAGAUUGACAUUGUAUCAAUUGAAGUUACAACCUCAGCACAAACAGUACCUGAAAACGUGGAGGAUGCCGCGGUACCGACUGGGUCUAAUGCCAUAUCCAACAAUGAGACUACGAAUGAAAUUGUACCAGAAGUGGAUGACGUCGACUCAGAUAGUGACACAAACUUAACUUCUUUAAGUAGUGACCUUAAUAAAUUCCACAUAAACCUUGCUAUCGACUCAGCUAUGACUACGAUUGACGAGUCAAAUACUAAAAAUAAGUAG